GCAAAGCAGUAUAUAUUUCGUAGAGCAGGGACUAGCAGUUAUAUAACUUACAUAAAUUUGUUGGUUAAAACUUGUGUGUGAGUGAGGAGUAGGAUUUGCGGAAUUUUGGGACCCGUUGCUUGGCAACUGUACCUAAGACAGUUACUCUUCCGCACUCUGUGAGCUGUCAGAGUUAUGAAGUUUGGGGAGCCUCAUGCAUUGCUUCCUGACCCUACAAGGGAAUUAAUUCUUCAUUAUUCAGAGGGCUUAAGCAGUGGAUAUUCCCCGCAGACCAUCAACAGCUAUGUCACACUUCUUAUACUUGACCCCGCAAAUUCUUCUACCCUUCAGCCCUCUCACUUCUCAAGAGUUUGAGGUGAUCAGACGCAAGGCCGGAGCAUCUUGGCAGAAUGAAACCCGAUGGUCUAAUUCCUGCAUGACAACUUAUGAGGGCAGUUACCGGAAAAAACAACUGGAUGAGUUCCCAGUCAGCCGACAGCACGAGCCUCAGCGUCCACAAAUGGUAAUGCUAAAAGACAUGGCCCACGAUCUUCCACCCUGCCAGGAGACUGCAGAUGUCAUAGAGCCUGGACGCAAGGGAACAUUGGCAGCCUCGCCUGUUAUUAAGAAGGUCACAAGAUGCCAUCUGUUACCGCGUGCACUUUACUGUUCCAGCAUAACAUCCACUAGGAGAAAAAUAUCCAUAAAGACACUUACUCAAGCCAACAGAGCGGGCACUUUGGAUUCUUCCUUGCGUCUACAGAUUUCAGGACUAUUCCCUAAUAUAACCGGAACCUUGAAAAAUUCGCUCAACGUCAAGCACAGAGUGGCACACCAGGUUUGGGGUUUUGGUGAUCUUUCCCGGGCACCUCCAAAUUCCAGAAAAAUAUGUGUGAAACCUAAAAAAGUUUACUUUGACAUCCUGGAGCAUUGCAAUCGUGGAAGGAAAAACUUCCCAGAGAUCCUUUACAAACAAUGUGAAUCUGAAAGCAAGAUUUUGGGCUCCUCGGAAGACUCAGAAGGUGGUCAACACAGAGGUGGUCAACACAGAGGUGGUCAACACAGAGGUGGUCAACACAGAGGUGGUCAACCCAGUGGUUAUGGCCGGGGAAGGCUGCUGUCAUUAUUUGACUGACUUGGAAGAUGAAGCCACAAAGCUGGAGGCCUGCAGUUUGGGUGAUCAACGACUCUGAGGUACGAGGGGACCUGCAGUAUCUGGACGUUGGCAGGUGGGCUUGCUCGGACUCUUCCCUGGGCUUCCACUGCCCCCACCCCUCCUUGCUGUUGUCGUGUGUGUUU